AAGCGCUGCGUAAAAAAUUAAGUAAAAAGUUGAAAAUCAAUAGUUAAACCAACAAAUUUCUUUGUAAAGCGGUUGAGCAAGGUCCAAAGUUUGUGCACGGGCGAACUUUGGCAGACAUAUUUGAUGAGCAACCAGGCAGCAGUAUUAAAUUAAAUUAAAGAAUCACUACCAACUACGAACGAAUAUUAAACUUAACGAACUUAACGAGAAGAACCCAGUAUGGAAAACUUUACGCCAAAAGAGGUGAAGAUCCUCGAGACGGUCGAGGAUAUUCAGGAGCGUCGUGAGCAGGUGCUCUCGCGUUAUAAUGAAUUCAAAAUCGAGACACGACAGAAGCGUGAAAAGCUUGAAGAUUCGCGUCGAUUUCAAUACUUCAAGCGGGAUGCCGAUGAGCUUGAGUCCUGGAUACAUGAGAAACUCCAGGCAGCCAGCGAGGAAAGCUACCGGGAUCCAACCAAUCUGCAGGCAAAGAUUCAAAAGCACCAGGCAUUCGAGGCUGAGGUCUCCGCGCAUAGCAAUGCGAUCGUAUCGCUGGAUAAUACCGGUCAGGAGAUGAUCAAUCAGCAGCACUUUGCAUCGGAGACUAUUCAACGGCGUCUGGAUGAACUGCAUCAACUAUGGGAGCUACUGCUCAGCCGUUUGGCUGAAAAGGGCCUGAAGCUGCAGCAAGCGUUGGUCCUCGUUCAAUUUUUGCGUCAAUGCGAGGAAGUGAUGUUCUGGAUCAAGGACAAAGAGACCUUUGUGACUGCUGAUGAGUUUGGUCAGGAUCUUGAGCAUGUCGAGGUGCUGCAGCGUAAAUUCGAUGAGUUCCAAAAGGACAUGGCCUCGCAGGAAUAUCGUGUUACCGAGGUAAACCAAUUGGCCGAUAAGCUUAUCCAGGAUGGCCACCCAGAGCGGGAUACCAUAACCAAACGCAAGGAGGAACUUAAUGAGGCUUGGCAGCGUCUGAAGCAAUUGGCCAUUGUUCGCCAAGAGAAGCUCUUCGGAGCCCAUGAGAUCCAACGCUUCAAUCGUGAUGCGGACGAGACUGUCGCUUGGAUUGCCGAAAAGGAUGUGGUUUUGUCCUCUGAUGAUUAUGGACGAGAUUUGGCCAGCGUACAGGCUCUGCAGCGCAAGCAUGAGGGAGUUGAACGCGAUUUGGCUGCUCUGGAGGAUAAGGUCUCCACACUGGGCGCCGAGGCACAGCGAUUGUGCUCUAUCCACGCGGAUCAUAGCGAUCAGAUCAGGGAUAAGCAGGCAGAGAUCGCCAACUACUGGCAGAGCUUGACGGCUAAGGCUCGAGAGCGCAAACAAAAACUGGACGAGUCUUACUAUCUACAUCGAUUCCUGGCCGAUUUCCGUGAUCUGGUAUCGUGGAUCAAUAACAUGAAGGCCAUCAUCUCAGCCGACGAGCUAGCUAAGGAUGUAGCUGGAGCUGAGGCUCUGUUGGAGCGUCAUCAAGAGCAUAAAGGCGAAAUCGAUGCACGUGAGGAUAGCUUCAAAUUGACCACCGAGUCGGGCAGGAAACUCUUGGAGCGUGAGCACUAUGCUGCAGCUGAGAUUCAAGAGAAGUUGGCUGCACUGGAGAACGAUAAGAGCUCGCUGCUGUCUUUGUGGGAGGAUCGUCGAAUUCUGUAUGAGCAAUGCAUGGACUUGCAACUGUUCUACCGAGACACUGAACAGGCCGAUACCUGGAUGGCCAAGCAAGAGGCAUUCCUGGCCAACGAGGAUUUGGGAGACUCCCUCGACUCUGUGGAAGCUUUGAUUAAGAAGCACGAAGAUUUCGAGAAGAGUCUCGCUGCCCAGGAGGAGAAGAUCAAGGCACUGGACAUCUUUGCCACCAAACUCAUCGAUGGUCAGCAUUAUGCCGCCGAUGAUGUGGCUCAGCGUCGACAGAUGCUCCUCGCUCGCCGCGCUGCACUGCAGGAGAAGUCUGCAAAGCGUCGCCAGCUGCUUGAGGACUCGAAUCGCUAUCAGCAAUUCGAACGGGAUUGCGAUGAGACCAAGGGUUGGAUCAGUGAAAAACUGAAGUUUGCCACGGAUGAUUCUUACCUGGAUCCAACAAAUCUGAAUGGUAAAAUGCAGAAGCACCAGAACUUUGAGCAUGAGCUGAAUGCGAAUAAGUCACGCAUCGAGGACAUCACCAAUGUGGGCAGCGAGCUGAUCGAGAAGAAGCAUUAUGCAGCGGAUCAGAUCAAUACGCGUAUGCAAGAGAUUGUUGUGCUGUGGGAGACAUUGGUGCAGGCAUCCGAUAAGAAGGGCACCAAGCUGAAUGAAGCCUGCCAGCAGCAGCAGUUCAAUCGUACCAUUGAGGACAUUGAGCUGUGGCUCAGCGAGAUUGAGGGUCAGCUGCUCUCCGAGGAUCAUGGCAAGGAUUUGACCUCCGUGCAGAAUCUGCAGAAGAAGCACGCUUUGCUCGAGGCUGAUGUUAUGGCUCAUCAGGAUCGUAUCGAGAACAUCAAUGUGGCAGCUAAUAAAUUCAUUGAAUCUGGACACUUUGAUUCCGAUAACAUUCGCAACAAGGAGGGAAAUCUUUCGGCACGCUAUGCUGCUCUGGCUGCUCCAAUGGCUGAACGCAAGCAACAUCUGUUGGAUUCACUGCAGGUGCAGCAGCUGUUCCGCGACUUGGAGGAUGAAGCUGCCUGGAUCCGUGAGAAGGAACCAAUUGCAGCAUCGACCAAUCGCGGUCGCGAUUUGAUUGGCGUGCAAAAUUUGAUCAAGAAACAUCAAGCUGUUCUGGCCGAGAUUAACAACCAUGAGGCGCGACUCCUCAACGUCAUUAGCUCUGGCGAAAAUAUGCUUAAGGAUCAGCCAUUUGCCAGCGAGGACAUUCGUCAGCGUCUCGAAGCGCUGCAGGAGCAGUGGAACACCCUCAAGGAAAAGUCGAAUCAACGCAAGCAGGAUCUGGAUGAUUCGUUGCAGGCACAUCAAUACUUUGCUGAUGCCAACGAGGCGGAGUCCUGGAUGCGUGAAAAGGAACCCAUUGCCACGGGCAACGACUAUGGUAAAGAUGAGGAUUCAUCAGAGGCACUUCUCAAGAAGCACGAGGCACUUGUCUCCGAUCUGGAAGCCUUUGGCAACACGAUUCAGGCGCUGCAGGAGCAGGCCAAGAACUGCCGGCAACAGGAGACGCCCGUCGUGGACAUUACUGGCAAGGAGUGUGUCGUUGCUCUCUACGAUUACUCGGAGAAGUCGCCACGUGAGGUGUCCAUGAAGAAGGGUGAUGUUCUGACCCUCCUGAACUCCAACAAUAAGGAUUGGUGGAAGGUUGAGGUCAAUGAUCGUCAGGGCUUCGUGCCCGCUGCCUACAUCAAGAAAAUCGAGGCUGGACUCAGUGCAUCGCAGCAAAAUCUGGUGGACAACCAUUCGAUUGCCAAGCGCCAGAACCAGAUCAACUCCCAGUAUGAUAAUCUUCUAGCCCUCGCACGUGAGCGUCAGAAUAAGCUCAAUGAGACGGUGAAGGCUUAUGUGCUGGUCCGUGAAGCCGCAGAUUUGGCUCAAUGGAUCCGCGACAAGGAAAAUCAUGCCCAGAUUGCUGAUGUGGUGGGCGAGGAUCUGGAGGAAGUGGAAGUGUUGCAGAAGAAAUUCGAUGACUUCAAUGAUGAUCUAAAGGCCAACGAAGUGCGUUUGGCUAACAUGAAUGAGAUUGCAGUUCAGCUGACAUCGUUGGGACAAACGGAAGCAGCUCUGAAGAUCCAGACUCAGAUGCAGGAUCUUAACGAGAAGUGGAACAAUCUGCAAACGUUGACAGCCGAGAAGGCUAGCCAGUUGGGCUCCGCCCAUGAGGUGCAGCGAUUCCAUCGCGACAUUGAUGAGACCAAGGAUUGGAUUGCCGAGAAGGCGAAUGCCCUGAACAACGAUGAUCUUGGCAAGGAUUUGCGUAGCGUCCAGACGCUUCAGCGCAAACACGAAGGUGUUGAACGUGACCUGGCUGCCCUACGUGACAAGAUUCGCCAAUUGGAUGAGACCGCAAACCGCUUGAUGCAGUCGCAUCCAGAUACCGCUGAGCAGACUUAUGCCAAGCAGAAGGAGAUCAACGAGAUGUGGGAUCAGAUCAUCACCAAGUCGACAGCCCGCAAAGAGAAGCUUCUCGACUCGUACGAUCUGCAGCGAUUCCUCAGCGACUAUCGCGAUCUGCUCGCCUGGAUCAACUCCAUGAUGAGUCUGGUUACCUCCGAUGAGCUGGCCAAUGAUGUAACGGGAGCCGAAGCUCUUAUCGAACGUCAUCAGGCACAUCGUGCUGAAAUUGAGUUCACGCUGGGCAGCAGCUCCGCCCCAGCGACAGGUGCAUCAAUAUCCGGCGACGAGGAACAUCGCACGGAGAUUGAUGCCCGUGCUGGAACUUUCGGAGCCUUCGAGCAGUUUGGCAACGAGCUGUUGCAGGCUAAUCAUUAUGCUUCGCCUGAUAUUAAGGAGAAGAUUGAGGAUUUGGCUAAGGCACGCGAAGAUUUGGAGAAGGCCUGGACCGAGCGCCGUUUGCAACUGGAGCAAAACCUCGAUUUGCAGCUCUACAUGCGCGACUGUGAAUUGGCUGAGUCCUGGAUGUCUGCUCGCGAGGCAUUCCUCAAUGCAGAUGACGAUGCCAACGCUGGUGGUAAUGUGGAGGCGUUGAUCAAGAAGCACGAGGACUUCGAUAAGGCAAUCAAUGGACAUGAGCAGAAGAUCGCUGCAUUGCAAACUGUUGCCGAUCAACUGAUUGCCCAGAAUCAUUAUGCCUCCAAUUUGGUAGAUGAUAAGCGCAAGCAGGUGCUCGAGCGCUGGCGUCAUCUGAAGGAGGGUCUCAUCGAGAAGCGUUCCCGCUUGGGCGAUGAGCAAACGUUGCAGCAAUUCUCACGCGAUGCCGAUGAGAUCGAGAACUGGAUUGCAGAGAAACUGCAGCUGGCAACUGAGGAAAGCUACAAGGAUCCAGCAAACAUUCAGUCGAAGCAUCAGAAGCAUCAAGCCUUCGAAGCGGAGCUGGCUGCCAAUGCAGAUCGUAUUCAGAGCGUGCUGGCAAUGGGCGGCAAUUUGAUUGACAAGAAGCAGUGCAGCGGAUCGGAGGAUGCGGUGCAGAAGCGUUUGACUCAAAUAGCUGAUCAGUGGGAAUAUUUGACCCAUAAGACGACUGAGAAGUCGCUGAAGCUAAAGGAGGCCAACAAGCAGAGGACGUAUAUCGCUGCUGUCAAGGAUUUGGAUUUCUGGUUGGGCGAGGUCGAGAGUUUGUUGACCACUGAGGAUUCUGGUAAGGAUUUGGCAUCCGUACAAAACCUAAUGAAGAAACAUCAGUUGGUCGAAGCGGAUAUCGUUGCGCACGAAGACCGCAUCAAGGACAUGAACAACCAGGCCGAUUCCUUGGUCGAGAGCGGUCAAUUCGAUACUGCUGGCAUCCAGGAGAAGCGUCAAAGCAUUAACGAACGCUACGAACGCAUCUGUAAUCUUGCUGCCCAUCGUCAAGCGCGUCUCAAUGAGGCACUGACUCUGCAUCAAUUCUUCCGCGACAUUGCCGACGAGGAGAGCUGGAUCAAGGAGAAGAAGCUGCUCGUCGGCUCCGAUGAUUAUGGACGCGAUUUAACUGGCGUGCAGAAUCUAAAGAAGAAGCACAAGCGUCUCGAAGCUGAGUUGGCCUCCCAUGAGCCGGCUAUUCAAGCUGUUCAAGAGGCCGGCGAGAAGCUCAUGGAUGUGUCCAAUUUGGGUGUUCCCGAAAUUGAGCAACGUUUGAAGGCCUUGAAUCAGGCUUGGGCAGAACUCAAGAAUUUGGCUGCCACUCGCGGCAAAAAGCUGGACGAGUCGCUCACCUAUCAGCAAUUCCUGGCCCAGGUCGAAGAGGAGGAAGCCUGGAUCACCGAGAAGCAGCAAUUGCUCUCUGUGGAGGAUUAUGGUGAUUCCAUGGCCGCUGUCCAGGGUCUCUUGAAGAAGCAUGACGCUUUCGAGACGGACUUUGCUGCCCACAAGGACCGCUGCUCGCUAAUCUGUGAGCAGGGCAGCGACCUGGUUGAGGCCAAGAAUCAUCAUGGCGAAUCCAUUGGACAACGUUGCCAGCAGCUGCGUAACAAGCUGGAUAACCUAAACGCUCUGGCCGCUCGUCGCAAGGGCGCCUUGUUGGACAACUCGGCGUACUUGCAGUUCAUGUGGAAGGCGGAUGUUGUUGAGAGCUGGAUCGAUGACAAGGAGAACUAUGUGAGAUCCGAUGAGUAUGGACGUGAUUUGUCCACUGUGCAAACGCUAUUGACGAAGCAAGAGACAUUCGAUGCAGGUCUCAAUGCCUUUGAACAGGAGGGCAUUCACAAUAUUAGCGCUCUGAAGGAUCAACUGAUUAAUGCCAAUCAUGCUCAGUCGCCGGCUAUAUUGAAGCGUCAUGGCGAUGUGAUUGCACGUUGGCAGAAGCUGCGCGAUGCAUCGGACACGAGGAAGCAACGUUUGCUGGCCAUGCAGGAGCAAUUCCGCCAAAUCGAGGAACUCUAUUUGACAUUUGCCAAGAAAGCUUCGGCCUUCAAUUCUUGGUUCGAAAAUGCCGAGGAGGAUCUCACAGAUCCUGUUCGCUGCAAUUCGAUCGAAGAAAUACGCGCGCUGCGUGAUGCCCACGCCCAAUUCCAAGCGUCUCUUUCAUCGGCCGAAGCGGACUUUAAGGCAUUGGCAGCACUCGACCAGAAGAUCAAGAGCUUUAAUGUUGGACCGAAUCCGUACACCUGGUUCACCAUGGAAGCUCUUGAGGAGACCUGGCGUAAUCUGCAAAAGAUCAUAGAGGAACGCGAUGGCGAACUUGCCAAGGAGGCCAAGCGACAGGAGGAGAACGACAAGCUGCGCAAGGAAUUCGCCAAGCACGCAAAUCUCUUCCAUCAAUGGCUAACCGAAACAAGAUAUUAUAUGCUGGGUUAUAAUCGUCAAGGAACUUCGAUGAUGGAAGGCUCUGGUUCAUUGGAGCAGCAACUGGAGGCGCUUCGCGUCAAGGCCACGGAGGUGCGUGCCCGUCGUGUGGAUCUAAAGAAGAUCGAGGAACUGGGCGCCCUAUUGGAGGAGCAUUUGAUUUUGGAUAACCGCUAUACGGAACACUCGACUGUAGGUUUGGCACAGCAAUGGGAUCAAUUGGAUCAACUAUCGAUGCGUAUGCAACAUAAUUUGGAGCAACAGAUACAGGCACGCAAUCAUUCGGGCGUCUCAGAGGAUUCGCUCAAGGAAUUCUCCAUGAUGUUCAAGCACUUCGACAAGGAUAAGAGCGGCAAAUUGAAUCAUCAGGAAUUCAAGUCAUGCCUUCGCGCCCUUGGCUACGAUCUGCCCAUGGUGGAGGAGGGUCAACCAGAUCCCGAGUUCGAGGCCAUUCUCGAUGUUGUCGAUCCCAAUCGCGAUGGCUACGUUUCCUUGCAGGAGUACAUUGCCUUCAUGAUUUCCAAGGAAACAGAGAAUGUGCAAUCCUACGAAGAAAUCGAGAAUGCUUUCCGCGCCAUCACCGCCGCCGAUCGUCCCUAUGUCACCAAGGAGGAGCUCUAUUGCAAUCUUACCAAGGACAUGGCCGACUAUUGUGUUCAGCGUAUGAAACCCUUCACCGAACCGCGUUCUGGCCAGCCCAUCAAGGAUGCUUUAGAUUACAUAGAUUUUACGCGAACGCUAUUCCAGAAUUAAAUUUCGAUGCGCCUGAGAAAAUGUCUUACAAUAUAUUUCUAAACAAAAAUAUACACAUAUAUAUUUACACGA